AUGGCAGGAAACAGCCAUGUCGUGCGGGUGUCAGCGCCCGGAAAGCUCCUGCUGCUCGGUGAGCACGCCGUAGUCUACGGCUGUCCCGUGGUGGCGGUGGCGCUGUCGGAUUUACGUAUCAAUGUAGAGAUUACUCGCAUUCAAAUGCCUACAGCCAUCACACCAACCGUUGAGUUUUUUUGCAAGGAUAUUCAGUCCACGCGCGAUAAACAGCCACUAAGAUGUGUGUAUACGACUCUUGAGCUGCAAAAGAUAGUGGAUGGACUCGAGGAUGAUAUUUACUAUGUGCCAACCCCGAUGCAAGAGGUGAUGAAGCGCAUUGAGAACGUGCUGGAUGGUGAGACACCUGAAGAUGCCAAAGCAAUAAGAGCUCCGCUUUUCUUGUGCUGUGCUUUGCUACGUACGUCUGGUUUUCUGAGCGGUUCUAAAGGGGGACUUCUUGUAAAAGUCGCAACAUGCAACUUGCCUAUUGGUGCAGGACUAGGCUCAUCGGCCGCGAUGUCUGUGGCUCUUGCGGGAGCAUUUGCAGAGCUCUCUGACAGCCCUCGUAAGCACGAGCUAGAGUUCAUCAAUGCGUACGCUUUCGGUGCCGAAGUAAUAUUGCACGGUUUGCCUUCAGGUGCUGACAAUACGGUGUCAUGCUUUGGUGGCACCUUGAUUUUCCAGAAGCACUCAGAACCCUCUUUUUGUCGCAUUCAGUGUCAGCUGGACAAGUUCCGGUUCCUCAUAGUCAAUACAUGCGUCCCCCGUUCCACAAAAGAGCAAGUUGACAUUGUCAGGAAGCGAUACGAAGCUGAUCGUGAAAAGGUGCAGAAGCAGUUUGACGACAUCCAGCAGCUGGUGGAGAAAUUUAUUGCACUCAGUGAGCGUAAGGUGCUGUCUGAGGAAGUCCUAGGUCAAGAAAUUGCAUACAACCAGAAAAUCCUGAACGGUCUUGGUGUUGGCCAUCAGCGAAUUGACGAAGUGGUGCGUAUAUGUAAGCAAUUUAAUGGAGCUACAAAGUUGACUGGUGCAGGUGGCGGUGGCUGCACGAUCUCUCUUUUGCCGCGAAGUUUAAGCAGUAAAGACUUGGCCAAGCUUGUUACAGAGUUGGAAGCAAAGGGGUACGAGUGCUUUACUAGUGCAAUCGGAGGCCAGGGCUUGACGCGUGCUUAG